CUUUGUAUUGCUUGUCAUAUCAGCUGAUUGCGUCACUGCUCCGUAGUCAUAUAACGCAAAAACAAAAAACAAGUCGCAGUAGAUAUCAGAUCCGACUUUAUUGGUGAUAGUUUUGAAAAUUGUGGAGUGCGCAAUACCUCAAAAUGAAAUUCCAAUAUAAAGAAGAACAUUCUUUUGAAAAGAGAAAGACCGAAGGCGAAAAAAUUCGCAGGAAGUAUCCUGAUCGUGUUCCGGUAAUUGUUGAGAAAGCCCCGAAGGCCAGGCUUGGAGACCUCGACAAGAAGAAAUAUUUGGUACCAUCCGAUUUAACAGUUGGACAAUUCUACUUUUUGAUCAGAAAACGCAUUCAUCUUCGACCGGAGGACGCCUUGUUUUUCUUUGUCAACAAUGUCAUUCCUCCAACAUCAGCCACAAUGGGAUCUCUGUACCAAGAGCAUCAUGAUGAAGACUUCUUUCUCUACAUAGCAUUUUCUGAUGAAAAUGUUUAUGGAUAUUAUUAAUUCUUUACUAUGAUAUUUUCAUUAUUUUAAAUGUACUGUGUUGAUUUAUCUGACCAUAUGGUAAAGCUUAAUUUUAAGGUUUAGCUUAAUGAUGAUGUAUUAUGUUAUACUUAAAUGGUGAUUAUUAUAAUUAUUGGCACUUUCACACUGUGUUAUGAUAAUAUUACAUACCACAUUAAGGAGAAAAUAUUGCAACAUUCUAAUUCUUUGUUUGGUUUAGGCAUGUAAUUAUUCCUGUAUCAAAACAAUAAAUAUUCAUAAAUACAAA